AUGUAUUAUGCUCCAACCAGACCAAUAGAAAUAGAAAAGUUUCCAAAAGGAUACAUAAAACCUACAGGAUAGAAUUUAGAAUUUCUGUAAAGGCAACCAGAGGAUAAUCGUAAAAUCUAGGAUUAUUAUGGGAAAGCUUAAGAUUUGGUUGUUCAUUCUGAAAGGCCUUAAUAUAAUGAGACGGCAAAUAGGAAUAAAGAUUAAGAACAAUAGUAGUUUCUACUGGGUAGAUAAUAAGAAAAUACAUUAAAGGAUUAUUAAAACAACAGAUCAAAUACCAACAUAUUGUCAGGAACAUCAGCAUAGAGAUUUGAAAGUGCUCCAUUUAAUACAAUAUUCACAAAUGAUAAUGUUUAUAAUGUUGUAGGUGUACCUGAAGUUAUAGCAUAAAGCCUAGUAUAACCUUUGGAACCAAGAAGAGGUAUUUAAAGUUUGAGAGGAACUUAAAGAGGAUAUAUUCAUGAUUAUAGAGGUUUUGCUUAAGUAUUUUAAGAACCAAAUUUCUAUGUUAAAGAUUCUAGAGAUGUGGGUUAGUAAGGUUUUGGAUGGGUUCAUCCAGAAUAUAGAAGUAUGACUCCGCCUGGAAUAUUAAAUGAAUAGAGGAGUGGAAUUCCAGAGGCAAUAUUUCAUAAAAGAAAUUAAUGGAGAGAAGGAAGAAGAGAUUUUGGAUAUAGAGUAUUUCCAAUAAGAGAUUAUUAAAAAAUGUCAAGACUAGUAGAUUAUGGUGGAGCGCCUAUAAUAUUGAAUGAGAGAAAUAUAUUUCCUUAAGAUUAUGGAGGAGCAGCGUAUUUGAAUUCUGAGAGAUUGAGAUAUGAACCUUAAUUUGAUUAUGAAAUGCAUAGGGAUCCAAGAGCUGUACCAAUACCCGAUUAUUAUGUGCCAGAGUAUGGUAGGAAUAGUGGAAUAUGGAGAGAGAGGGAAUUUAAGGAUGGAAUGAAUUAGGGUAAUUAAAAAGAUUGGGUUUAUCCUUCUUCUUAUGGGAAAAUAGGAUAGUAGAUGUAAAGAGAAGGGAUAUAAGAUUAUUAGAGUUAGGAGGGAAGAAGAUAUUGAUAAGAGUAGAAGAUAAAAUAGGAU